UACGAUCACUACCCAGCUGAUCUUUAUUUACGUCGUCCACUAUAGGGUCUUUCACUAGUAUGGAGCAACAGGAUAUGAGUAUCACUACAAGAGCAGCAGAAUGGCAGAAAAUAUGAAGAAAUCGCCUGUUGUCAUUAAGUUAUACAGCACACCAGAAGUGCCUGAAGUUGUUAUUGAUAUCAACGAACUUCCUGAUGGAGGGGAUAAAUGUGGCAUUGAAACUAAAAGCUACAUCACUGAUUUUGAAGCAGAUAAUGAGCUAAGAGUUCGAAGAGGCAAAAGGAUCUAUGUAAAAAGAGUGAAUAGAAAUUUCCAAAGACAUGAAAUCAUGGAGCGAGGAUUUCUGCAAACAGGAGAAGGUACAGGUUUAAAUACACCAAUUAAAUGUGCCAGUAAUACACCAGAAGCAAAAUUGGUUAGCCCUAGAAAUCUCAGUUUGUCAGAGAGAAGCGUAAUUAAGAAACCAGCCUCUCUAAAGAAAUCACGAACUUCAAAAAAAGCCAAAAGGGUAAGCAUAGGAAUUCAGUGUGAUAGUAGUGAACUAGAGGCAGUAACCACGGAAACUAGUCAGCCCAGCUAUGCACGGAAAGUAAUUGUCCUUCAUAGUAACUUUUAUAACCCUCCAUACCAUACACCCAAGAAACAUGCAGCCUCAAAAAAUUACAUUUGGAAAAGAAGCAGUGCUUCAAGUAGAGUGUUUGAAAGUCCAAAAGAUUGUAAGAUCAGAGAUGAAGGAUUUUCUUUUGACACCAAGAUAGGGAAAAUACCUGAGAUGACAAAGGAAAGUAACUCACUAGUGGGAUUUGAUGAAAAGAAGGGCUGUAAUGUGGACAGAUUUGUUAAUUCAGAAAAACCUGUGAAUAAAAGUUCAUAUAUUCUAUCUUCUUCCUUGAAAAGCUGCAGAGCUACUCCAUCACAGUCAUUGUCAACACAAGAAUUGCAACAAGAAUUACUUCCAUCCAUUGUGCUCGAAGAUAUUACUGAUGUUGAAAAAAUGGAGGGACAGAACCUUGUAAGUGUAAAUGCAACCACGUUACACUGCACUUCAAAACAUGAUUAUGAUUUUCCCUCUGUAACCAGUCCUCAGCUUGAAAAUCUUCCUAGCUAUAAAAUCACUCAUGUGGUGAAAAGUCCUCCUCAAGACACUUUUGAUAAUGUUUCACAAGAAUGUCUGUCACCCACAUCAGCAUCCAGAACACCAAACAAUCAAGGAUCUAAUAACUUUACUCGUAGUGAAACAGAAGCAGCUCAAAUUAUGCUUGAACUCUUUUAUAGUGGAAACAUAACAAAUGUAGAGAAAAAUGAAUUCUAUGAAUCUAAUGCUGGAGAUCUUUAUAGUGGAGCUCAACCCAUAGUUAUGGGGGAUGGAAAUGAAAGCCAAGAACAAGCAAAAACUGUUGAAACUGUAGUAGAUGAAAGUAGUACUGUAAACUCUUUUCAAAAUCAAGAAAGAGUGACAGAUAUUCAGCCUUCUACAGACACUGAAGUCACAGAGAAUAAUUCAAGAAAUAUGACUCAUAACAAUCAUGAGAUCUUAGGCACCCAAAACACAGACAGCCCACCAAAGGCAAGGCGUAGAGGUCGACCACCCAGAAAUCAAAGUAAAUUAGCUCAGGCUCAAGAGCGUGUUCAUGAAAAGAGAAUUAUUCCCACAAGAGGCCAGCAAAAAAUGAUGGGCAGUCAAAGAAACUACAAGCGUAGAGUAACUAAUGGAACUUCUUCAGACCAGAUACUAAAAAAUAUGGUUGGUAAGAAAAUAAGUAACAAAUUUCAGACUGGAAUGCCAGUUAGUGUGAGACGAAGCAAAAGAUUUCAAGGUUUAUCUGGAGCUUUAACAAAAUCAACAAAAAAGUUGAAGAAAAGUCAAGCAUUGAAGAUUAAAAAGACACAAGGAAGAACAGGAUGUAAAGUAUAUCAAAUAAAUAAACCAAAGCAUAGUGAGAAUAAGGAAAAUAAUAAUCAGGAGGAUUUUCCUGAAGAUUUUAAAGAAAAGAUUGCCCAGACUUAUAAUUCAGAAGAUAAGCUUAUUAGUGAGUCAAGAGAUUCAGAUGUUGAAAGUACCUCAGCUUUCAAAGAAGAUGAAAUAGAAAUGAAUUAUAAACCAAGCAGGAGAGGUAGCAUGGGAGUUAGCUUUGCAGAUGACAUUAGUUACCCAUUUGAGCAAAACAUGUUGUUCAAUGCUCUUGGCUUAGUUGAGAGGAAUAGUUCAAGUACCUUUAAGCCCCAUGACACUCCUCCCUCUCAUAUUGCUCACAGAACAAGAAAUAUAACGGCUUAUUUCAGAAGAAUGCGAGAAUGCCAAGUGGUGCUAGAAGACUGUCACAAGAUGUUGAAAAACAAAACAUGCUUAGAAAUUGAUAAUCCUGAAUGUGAUCAGAUUGAAAGAGGAAAAUCAAGUCCAGUGAGUGAAACAGAAACCUCUUACACAAAUCUUUUUAGUCCAGUCCAUGACUUUAAUUUUGAAGGUUUUCUCACCACUGAUAUAGAUAUUUGUGAUGAUUUUGUUCUGUCUGAUUUAGAAUUUGAUGAAGAACUAAGAUACCCAAUAGAUAUCCCUCAGAGUUCAGUUGAAACAGCAGGAAGACAGGAUGGUAAUUUAGAGAUUCCUGCAUCAGUACCUCAUAAUGUAAAUAUUGAAGAACUCAGAAAUUUGGAAAAUGAAGUAGCGGAUGCCAAUACACUCCAUUCUGAAGCAGACAGUCAACAAUUUAUAGGUGAAAAGGAAAUUAAAAUUAAUGAACUGCAGAAGGGAGAUAUAUCACAGCAAGUAGCUAAUAAUUGUAAUCCUGAAGAGAUUAGGGAACCUAUUCAUCUAAUUAAUGAUACAAAAGAAACAUGUUCUGCCAGUGAUAAUUCUCUCCCAGGUUUGAAUGGUGUCCAAAAUAAGGAAAGAAGGUUUAAUGCUAAUAAAAAUGAUGUAAACAAGAAUAAGUGUCUUAUCUGUGGAAAGUCAUGCUUUACAAAAGCAAAAUUGAAGAGACAUAGUGCCAAACACCAUAAGAAUGAAGAUCAGUUGAUGGAACAAGAUGAAAUUUCAAAUAGCAGCAUCAGUUCAUUAUCGGAAAUCAAUGGAAAAGAAUGUUGUGAAUUAAAAACUCUAAGAUUGAUGCUUCAAAGCCCAGAACUCACAACGCCAUCAAAACCUGAAGAAUAUUCUGAAGACCAUGCAAGAAAUUCAAGUCUGAAACAAAGUGAUGAUGGUGUUUCGGAAAUUGUUAAUUCAGAUGAUAAAGAUGAAAAGGAACCUUGCACACAGCAAGUGCAUGCAGAAAAUAUAACAAAAGAAAAUGAAUGGACAGAUAAUAUGAAUUCAGUUUUUGAUGUCGACAUUUGCAAAACAGUCCAAACAGACUUGAAUCCCAUAAAAGAACAAACUUUGGUGGUUGAAGAUCUUUCUUUAAUUGAACCAUUUAUUACAGAGUGUAGGAAAGACAUUUUCAAAGUGUCAGACAGUAAAACAAGGUUGGCCAAUGAUGAUGUAGAUCCCAUUCCAAAGAAUCCACAAAAAAGAAAGUUGAGAAAUAGUGGUAGAGAAAAUGAAUCCCUUAAUAAACAGUUAAGAGUACUAUCACAACCCACCAAUAACAAGGAAGAAAUUACAUUGAAAGGAAAAGAGGACUUAAAAAUUAAAGUAGCUGAACUGUCAGAGAAUAGGCGUAAUCAGGUGCGCCACAGUUAUGAAGUAGACAAGAGAAAGAGCAAUAAUAUUCAACCUGAAAACAUCAAAAGUGAGAUCAAAGUAGGGUCAGGACAAAAUAUACAUAAUGAAGAAGAGGUCAUUCGAUGUCGCAAGAAACAUGAGAUCGUCAGGAUCAAUGGAAAGAGGUGGUAUCCAUGUAAUGUAUGUAAACAUAAGUUUUCUAGCUCAUCAGAUCUAACAAGGCAUAUGAGGAAACACACUGGAGAAAGACCCUUUCAGUGUUCACUUUGUUCAAAAUCUUUUAGACAAAGAGAAGCACUUAAAAGACAUAUUGAAGUACAUAAUGGUAAUAAACCAUAUGCUUGUAAACUCUGUGAUUCCAAGUUUACUCAGAAAGUUCAUUUAGAAAAUCACCAGACAGUUCAUAGUGAUGAUAAACCAUAUAGAUGUGAACAGUGUGGCAAAGCAUUUUCUCGCCUUGGUUACUAUAAAUUUCAUAUUAACAUUCAUGCAUCAGAUCCCCCGUAUAAGUGUAAAAUAUGCUCUCGUGGUUUUAAUUCAUGUGGCAAUUUGACAAAGCACAAAAGGAUUCAUGACGAAGUAAAGCACUAUAAAUGUCAGUACUGCCCAGCUGCCUUUUAUGUGUCUCAGAGUUUGAAGGUACACUCAAGAGUUCAUACAGGUGAGAAGCCUAUUCAGUGUCCCUUGUGUGGUAUAAGCUAUCGAUUUGAAAGCAGUUUGAGGAAGCAUGCUGCAUCAAAACAUCCAGAUUUCGAAGUUAAAGGUGUCAUCCUUAUACCUCGUUCAAAGAAAUAAAAUAUUUCACCUUAAAUGGGUAUUAAGGCUUUAUAUCAGUUAACUUAAUUUGCUUAGUGUGGAAUAUAUUUUAUGUUAUGCUGAGGAGUAUGUUGGACAGAAAACAUCCAGUGUAAUAUCAUUACAACAUACUGGUUUAAGUGGUUUUCUAGUUUUUAGACCCCUGAUUAUUCAUUGUUAAUGUGUCCCCUUUUCAUAUCUUAAUAUCCUUACAAAGGAAGAAUUUUGGUACCAUUUGGAACACUAUUUAAAACUGUGCUUCAUUACAUUAUGUACAUAUAUAUAUUGAUUCAUUUUUUUAUUCAUAUUCCAUAUACCUAUUAAUACUUGUAAUCAUAGUUUGCAGUUAGGAAAAGCAGAUGUUAGCUUCAUUUUUGUUUUCUUUUUUUCCUUUCAUUGCAAGACAAAUUUGAUUUUCCAUUACAAGUGUUUUCAUGGAAAAUAUUGAACUCAAAUAAGUAUUAUUUUGUCACAAGGAAGAAAAUGAAGGCUACUUUGUGAUGAUUAGCAAUAUUAAAUGGUUGAAUAUUGGUUAGUUUGUUUAGUCUUUUGAAAUGUGCAGGUCACAUUUAUGAUUUAUAUUUCUCAAAUGAUUGAGAAUUUGAUAGGAAAAAGUUAAUUGUUUGAUUUAUAGCAUCAACCCAAUUUAUUAUUUCCUUAUGAUAUGUAGCUUUGGAUACUUAGGUUUUAAUGCUUCUUUAUUUGUUUCUUUUCCAUUAUUUUUUCAUAGCUCUCUUGUGUUUUCUUUUUUUCUUAUAUACUGUUUUCAUUCAAAUCUUGUGUCCUACUUCUCAGAUUUGUAAUGGGAAUAAACCUUGAAAGAACAUCUGAAAUUAGCUAAGCAAAGUUUCUGAGGGAGUUCUUUUGUAAAUGUUUCCGGUGAAAUAAAACUGUCAGAAGGCUGCUAACCAUUAAGAUUAUUGCUGCAAUGUUCAGUGGCGGUUGUCUUCCUAAUUUGUCUCUGGCCUAAUUAGAAUAGAAACUAAAUACCCUGACUUCUAUUUUAUGUACCUUGCUUUUAAGUCAGGUUAGAUGUGAGGAUUUCUCUUUUGGCGAUUUCUGUUAAAAGUGGAAAAUGAAUGGCCUGUAUUUAUAUUUAUUAUUGAUUUGAAGAUUAUCAACAUUUUCAUGAGAAAACUUGUGCAACUAACAAAUUAUGUAUUGGCUCUCACAUUACUUCAAAGUUACUGUAUAUAAUGCAUUGAUAGUGUCAACAAUAUGUUUGGGGCUUACUUAUGAGCUUAUUCAAGGCUUAUUGAAGUCUGUUUUAAAAAACCUUAAUUUUAUACUCCAGAUAUUGUAACAAAAGUUCAAACUAAGGAUGUCACUCAUGUUCUAGUGUGUUGGUUGAAAAGGUCCUGUAAUGGAAUUCAAUGGAUUAAGACAAUAAUAACAUAAAGCCCCUUUUGGUGACUGAUACGUGAUUGAAAUUUGUAGGUUUAUCGCCCAUAACAAGAACAUUAAUUUGUUUAUCUGUAAAUGUUACUAUAUGAUACUGAUUUUAUUUAAUGUGUUGCAAUAUAUGUUGAACUAACUCUCAUGGUGAUAUGGCGCUUGCCAGCAUGAUAAAAAAAGACCAGAUAUCUGAUAGUGUGUCUCAUCUUUAGAUAUAGUGAUAUAUAUUAUGAAAUAUUUUUUACAUCAUCUUUGACAACUUUCAAAUGUAUAAUUGCAAUAUGAAAAUAAUAGAAGUACAAGCAAAAUAUGUAUGAAUUUAGUCAUUUCAUAAAGGACAUCCUGCUUGUAAAUAACCUCUAUAUUUAAUUUACAUCAUCUUAUUUUAAAAGAAAACUUCUUGUCUCUUCAGUGCUUUGGAAAAUAGAAUAGACAUGUAUAUUGAUAUUUACUUGUAAGUGUUCAUGUAUAAAUAGCCAUUAUGUAAAUGUAAUAAAAAUGGAGCAUAGAAUAAGGGCAUUGCAGGUAUGUAGUAAUAUUGAAUGAUCUGUGUUCAGCUAAGUAACACGCUAAAUCCUUUUCUAAACAUUGUUUAUGUAAAGACUAUAAUAAAAAA